CGCCUUCGGUCGAGAUGACAGAAAAUACGAGCGACCGUUGUAUGCAUUAUGACGCAACAGCUGAUACGGCGAAAAGGGAUCUGUAUUCCAUCGGCAUUUCAGCUGUAGUUCCCUCGACGUGGUUGCCGAAGUGGCACACAAUUUUUUUACGUGCGCCUAUUCCUUCAGAAACCAUGGGUGCCUUUUUACCGCUAAUAAUUCUUAGCCUUUUUCCUUGGACGUUCGCCGUCGGUGCAAAAGACAUUUCCUACAAAGAACUAUGGUUCAGGACAAAGCUGGAUCACUUUGCUUUCCACAAUAACAAGACUUUCAAGUUGCGCUAUCUAAUGGACGGCAGGUACUGGGAUCGUGAAGGUGGACCCAUUUUCAUCUACCCUGGCAACGAGAACAAUAUUGAAGCGUUCGCGCUGGCCACGGGUGCCAUAUGGGAGUGGGCUCCCGAAUUCGGCGCCCUCGUGGUCUUCGCGGAGCACAGGUUCUUCGGCAAGUCCCUUCCGUUCGGCAACGAGUCAUUCGAGAGUCCUGACAAGCUCGGCUACCUGUCGAGCGACCAGGCCCUGGCCGACUAUGCUGACCUCAUCCUUCACCUCAAGUACACUCUGCCCGGAGCCGAGAAGAGUGCCGUGAUCGCUAUCGGUGGAUCGUACGGUGGUCUGCUGGCUGCCUGGAUGAGGCUUAAGUUCCCGCACAUUGUUGACGGAGCGCUGUCAUCCGGCGGUCCGUUCAACAUGCCGCCAGGUCUAGCUCCGUGCUCAACGUACAGUGAAGCGGUCACCAAUGCCUACAGGAGCGUGUCUGAGCAGUGCGUCACCGCUAUCCGGAAUUCGUGGCCGCUUAUGGAGAGGCUUGCUUACACAGAAGCAGGAGCAAGGCAACUGCAGGAAAAGUUCAAGACCUGCCAGCCACUGCAUCCGAGCAACUAUACAUUGUUCAGAGACAUGCUACGAGACACUUACGGAGUGAUGGCGAUGUCAAAUUACGCUGAGGAAUCCGAGCUGGUGAGCACACCAGCCUAUCCUGUCAAGGAGAUCUGCAAGCACUUCAUGAAUGCACCGAAAACGACGUAUGGAUUGGUAGACGCCGCUGCAGGUGCAAUGUCAAUGUUUACCUCCGGAGAUAACGCACCCCCAUGUCUCGAUGUUUUCCUGUACGAAAGAAACCUCGCAGGUUAUCAGUUCCUGAAAUGCAACGAACUUAUGCAGCCGUUUUGCGGCAACGGAGUGAGUGACAUGUUCUAUCCAUUCACGUGGAGCGCUACGGCUGAACGAGGAAGGUGCCAGAAGAAGUUCGGCAUUACACCGGAUUUCUACAGGACCGUCAUGAUGUACGGAGGGAGCAAGUUCAGCACAGCGACGAACAUCAUCUUCAGCAAUGGCGAACUGGACCCUUGGUCGGCGCUGGGCGUUCAGGAGCCUCCGAACGACAAAGUCGUCGUGAUUGUGAUACCCGGUGUGGCGCAUCACGUGGACCUACGCUUCGCAUCUCCGACGGACUCGCGAGCCGUGAGGCAGGCCAGACUCAUCGAGAAGAACUACAUACGCCAGUGGAUUUCCCAGGAGCCUCCACGUUCACGGCGAAAGAAGAACGAGCCCCGAGUCAUCAAUCUCAAAGAAGAAACCAGCUUCUUCAACGCGUACAGGUUUUAGGCCGCGCGUGUCACGCUGCGACAAAGCACGACUUCUAGCUCGGAAAUACUCAGGGAAUGUCUUGGGAUGUUCAGUGGCACU